UCGUCCUGUUUUUUCCGGGCUGCUCCUGAACGCCUCUCUGGUCUCGUGUUAUUGUCUGAUGCAGCUAGCAGCUAACAGCAGCAGCAGCUUGAGGCUUGAAUCUGCGUCCAGCUGCCUGAAGUCUCUCUGUUGUUUCAUCUGGAAGGAGACAUUUACAGCCACAGCGCCUAAAAGAAUGAGAAGAGUUACCCUGUUUAUUAACGGGACUUCGAAAAAUGGCAAGGUUGUAGCAGUGUACGGCACCUUGUCUGACUUACUAUCCGUAGCGAGCAAUAAGUUAGGAAUCAAAGCGUGCAGUCUGUACAAUGGGAAGGGCGGGCUCAUAGACGACAUCGCCCUCAUAAGAGAUGACGACGUGCUGUACGUGUCAGAAGGAGAUCCGUUUAUCGAUCCUCAAAAUGAAGCCAAGGUUACGUCUGAUCAGCACGGAGCUCACACCGACUGGCUGACGCUGAACAUCGGUGGUCGCCCGUUCACCACCACCAGGAGCACGUUGGUGAGCAAAGAGCCGGAGAGCAUGCUCGCUCACAUGUUUCGAGAGAAAGAUGUUUGGGGUAACAAGCGGGACGAGCAUGGCGCGUACCUGAUCGACCGCAGCCCCGAAUACUUCGAGCCCAUCCUCAACUACCUGCGACACGGCCAGCUCAUCAUCAACGAAGGCAUCAACGUACGAGGCGUCCUGGAGGAGGCUCGCUUCUUCGGGAUCGAGCAGCUCGCCGAGCAACUGGAAGCAGCAAUCAAGAACUCGCAGCCGCCCGAGGACCACUCCCCCAUCUCCCGCAAAGAGUUCGUCCGAUUUCUUCUGGCGACACCGACCAAAUCAGAGCUGCGCUGUCAGGGUCUUAAUUUCAGCGGCGCCGAUCUGUCCCGCCUCGAUUUGCGCUACAUCAAUUUCAAGAUGGCAAAUCUCAGCCGCUGCAAUCUGGCACACGCCAACCUGUGCUGCUCCAACCUGGAGAGAGCCGAUCUGUCUGGAGCCAACCUGGACGGUGCCAACCUUCAGGGGGUGAAGAUGCUCUGCUCCAACGCGGAGGGAGCGUCUCUCAAAGGAUGCAACUUUGAAGACCCGUCUGGACUGAAGGCCAACCUGGAAGGCGCUAACCUGAAGGGGGUCGACAUGGAAGGAAGCCAGAUGACCGGCAUCAACCUGCGUGUGGCCACUCUGAAGAACGCCAAGCUGAAGAACUGCAACCUGCGGGGGGCCACUUUAGCCGGGACGGACCUCGAGAACUGCGACCUGUCCGGCUGCGACCUGCAGGAAGCCAACCUGCGAGGCUCCAACGUGAAGGGAGCCAUCUUCGAAGAGAUGCUGACCCCGCUGCACAUGUCGCAGAGCGUCAGAUAACUCGACGUGGACACACACACACACACACACACACACACAGUAUAUCCUCCUACUCUGAAUAUCUGCCCGUCUGCAGCGCGGGCAGUCGUAUGCACAUCCCUGGCAUUCCACCUGUGUCAUGUUAGCUUUAAAUAUCUUGCACUAGAACUUCUUCAGGGUUGUCCGUGUGUGUUCGUACGGUAGGACGUUGCAGCUGCACGUAUCACCAAAACUGAAUAAUCUGUUCCUCGUGUUUGUCGACGCGUCCGGAUGCAAUCCAAUCACUACUAUACUCAUUUAAUUUAUAUUCACUUUAUAUAUUUGACUUGACAUGUUUAAUGGGAGUCGUGUUAUCGUUAACUUCGUUCUGCUGGAUUCAAGCGAUGCAAGCCAAAGCCAUAACGGCAGCACGGCCGGCCUCGGAGGCUCGCAGUGCAGCCGCUGCACCGGUAAACUAUGCGACAGGCUAGUUUUAAACACAGCUUGUGUAUGCAAUACAUGUAUUUACCUUUCCUACUUUGAAGCUUUCCCUCAUUUUUCUCUGUGAAUCUACCUCUUUGUUUUGUCUGUUU